AUGGUCGUCCUCCACUUCGGUCGAGGGUUGAAAAUUUCCUGGAAUCCACCGAUUGGAAUUCACUCCUCCAUUCCGCGUCGUGGAAGCGUCAUGGAAUGGAAUGCCAAACUUUUACCAGACAUCGGCUUUGGUUUUAACCAUAUGAUCCGCAUUGUCGAAUUCUCUGACAAAACACGAUGGGUCGCCAGACUUCGGAUGCCUCCCUUGUUACAGCGCGGAAACUGUCCACACGAGAUGACAAGGGCGAUGGAGUGCGAACACCACAUAAUUCAACUCAUUCGGAAAGAAACCAACAUGCCGGUGCCGCAAAUUCAUGUGUUUGAUGGAAACCUUCAGAAAAAGGUCAAAGCACAGUUUAUGCUCAUGGCACGGUUUACCAAGGUUGUAUUUGGCCUGCCAGAGGAUAAGAUCAAAGAAUCUGCUGGCCAGUUUGCAGACAGAUUAAUAGCCUCUGCGUCUUUAUUCAAGUCAGCGAUCAACAACAUAGCAGAAAAUAUAUCUAUCCACAAUAAUAGGGCAUUCUCCUUAUACCACGGCAACUUUAGACAUAACAACAUUAUUUUUGACGACAAGCAUCGCUUACUGGGUAUCAUUGAUUGGGAAGCAGCCGUUGCUGGAACAUGCGAGAUAACUGGCGAAUUCCCAUGA